AAUGGACAAACCACAUCUGCGAUCUUUUGGUGGAGGUGGGGGAAGUGUUGGUGGAGCUGGAAUUAUUGUUGGCAGCGACUAUUCCCAGAUUGGGGGUUCAGACUCUGAUGAUUCACGUUCCAGCAUCUCUCGCUCAGAUGACAAUGAGAAUGAAGGUCUUCCCUGUAUUAUUUACACCUCAGAUGACUCAGCAGAUGUAGGACAGUCUGACAGUACCUGUUUAGAUUCUGAGGGAAUGGGAUAUAUUGCUCAGAGUGUGCAGAUUCAGGAUGACGAGGGUUCUCAUAGGUUACUAUUAGACUCGGAGUGCCCAAGCCCUCAACCUUCUCCACAGCCUGACACUUGCUUCACAGUGUCUCAUCCUCUGGCUGCUGUAACUUUUACCACAGGUUUGGAUUCUGACAUUGGAUUGGAUGAGGAGCUAGGUCUACAGAAAGAUCCUGAAUGCCAGGGCUUUGCCACUAGUCCUCACCUUGGUGUACAUGCUGAAGGACGCAUAUAUGAACGCAGUGCCAGUGUUUCCUCAACAUCAUCUGGGUCUUCUCCUGAGGCACAGCAACCAUUAUUACCAGAGUAUCACACUUUGCCGAAUUUUGUGGAUUAUGCUGAUGUUGAAUAUGAACCUCUACAUGAACACACCAUUACCAGAGGAAAAAUGCAUGAUCCUCUUGACAUAUUUGUGGAUGUGAAGGAUAUCACAAACAAAAUUCAGCCUUUACUUGGACGUCUCAUGGUGGGCUCGGAUGUUCACAUUGAUGCAAAAUACAAGGAUGCUUUCUAUGUUAACUGGAACUGGGCUCGCAUUCGUCAGUCAUGUGUGAUGCUCAAUGUGUCAGUCCUUCUCAGUCUUCUGUGUGUUGGAGUGGGUCUUCUUAUCCAGAUGCCACAAGGGUCUGAGUGUGAUCCUGCACAUACCUGGUGGCAAGGGUCUGUCAUGUAUGAAGUUUACAUUCCAAGUUUUCAAGACUCUAAUGCAGAUGGAGUUGGUGAUUUACCUGGGCUCAUUUCAAAGCUUGAUUAUAUCCAGAACUUAGGGAUACGGGCUGUGAGAGUUAAUUCCAUCAUGGAAGCUAGUGACUACCUCAGCAGCCACAACUUCAUCACCAAUUACACUGCUGUUGAUCCGCUUCUGGGUGACUCAAAUGAUGUCAAGCUGCUGGCAGCUCUUUUACAUGAGAAGGAUAUGUAUUUAUUGAUGGAUAUGCCACUAAGUUCUCUGCGAGCUGAAAUUCCUGUUACAGCCAAUAUUGUUUUUGAAGAUUUGGUGGGAAAUAAAGGAAAUAUCCUUAGUGUAAGUCUAGCAGAAGUUUACCCAGUGCUGAAAUACUGGUUGUCUCUCGGAGUUGAUGGAUUUUUUUUCACAGAUAUCACUGAGUAUUCCAGUAAUCCAGGUCUAGUGGAAGCCAUGCACGAGUGGAGGAACAUACUGGACCGCUUCAGCAGCGGCAUGCACCACAAAGUAAUGAUGGUUCCUGAAGCCCUGCUCAACAACUUGAAGUCUAUGAAGUUCUCUCAUCUUAACCACCUUCUUCAGUUGGUGGACCUCAUUGAUGUUUCUGUGAACCUCACUGGAUCAGCAGAGAUGAUUCCUGAGGUUUUGAAGUCAGCUACUGCUUGGGACAGUCACAUUUCACUCCCAUGGAUUAAUUGGAACAUGGGAGGUAUAGAGAGGGAACGUGUUGCUGCUCUUACCGCCCAUCACCCACUUGGCCGUGCCCUACUCUUACUUUUCUUCCCAGGGACCAUCACUUUGUAUUACGGUGAUGAACUAGGUCUAUCUCAAACUUCACAGGAAAGAAGUUGGUCGACAAUUAUGCGUUGGAAUGAAGGCAAGCAUGCAGGCUUCAGCUCAGUUAAACCUUGGCAGGAUUUAAGUGAGGGAUGGCAAGAUGACAAUGUGGAGGUACAGAACCAAACCAUCUCUGCCCUCAGCACCAUGAUUUCUGCUCGACAACAGAAAGUUCCCAUAUACAUUAACGGCAUUUUUGACUAUGAAGGAGAUUACCAUCCAACGAAGUCAGUUAAUUAUAGGGUGAGGCACUCAGAUCAUGAGCUCAUCAUUAUAGAUCGUUUUUACCCUCGUCGAAAUCAGUAUGCUGUAGUUGCCAAUCUUGGUCCUAACACUCUUGACCAGGACCUCUCUCAUUUCUACUUUGGGGGCUCAGUCCUUGCAUCCUCACAUGGGCAGUCUGGCUAUGUAAUGUUCAGAAAUAUUGUCUUGCAACCUGGAGAAGCUCUAGCAUGUAUAUUGGAUUUAUAAAUACAAUAGUUUGUAUAAAGGUAAGGUUGCCAGUUUAUCUAGGUUAUUGAGAAUUACAGUAAUACAGUUAUUACAAUAAUAAAUGUGCCAUAUAAAACGGGUAAUAUGAGCUCAUUGUUCUGUAUUCUCCAUUUUUAUGUACAGUAAGAUAUUCUCCUUUUCAUUUACUGAUGUGACUUAUGAUAAUAUAACCAGUAGCUUUAUUCAAAAAUAUAUAUUACUUUACAUUUAAUUUACCCAAGUAAUUACUGUAUACACACUGGUGCAGUGUGUAUAAUAAUUAUCAGUAUUUUUUUGGUGACAGUUUUUUGCUACAUAGCACAAUAUUAUUCUCUAAUAUAAAUUGAGUAUUGUACUGUACUAUCAAGUAAGCCUAAAUGUUUAUUCUCAAAAUGUUCAAAAUUAUUUAACUAGUGAAAGUAAUUCUUAUAAUCUAAAUGAAUACUUUUUUGCUUCAGUAGUAACACACACACAAGAAAAUUAGUAAAUCAUGUACUAUAUAAAUUAUGGUAAUGGUGGAAGGUACAAACUAUACAGCAUUUAAUAAGGGCUGUAGGAUAUCAUGUCUUAAAAAGGAACUCGUAAGUUAAAAUUAAAUAGAUUUGGUGUACAGUAGGAUAUGCAGUCAAACGUCUUGAGUCUGGCAUUCCAUAUUACAACAGAGCAUCUAUAAUCUGGUAUAAAAAAAAAGGUGUUUUGCAAAAAGACAUGCAAAAAUUGAGCUUACAGAAGUGGUUAUAAAGGCCUCACCCAAUUGUAAAGGUACAGAGUUUGUAGCAGCACCCACCAGACACAGUUCAAUAUUUUUGAACUAGCACAUCAUCCUCUCACUUCUGUAACUAGCUGAGCACAAACAUGUCUAUUUUGGAAUUAUCAUAUGGUGGUUUGAGCCUCCACUGUGAGACCCACAUAGGUUUAGCACUUCACAUAAAUAAAUGAUCCUACUUCUAAUACCUCAACCUCAUCUGAGCUUGCUGCUACCCACAGCAUGGCAUUAUGUACCUAACACAUUAUCUCUAACUUCAUCUACAUUGUGCAGUUUAGAAACAGGCCACAGUUUGUCCAACAGUAUGUUGGUAUAGGCAACAAGCUGACAAGUGGAAAGAAUAACACACAGCAUGCAAGGAAACCUAGAAAAUAACUGUAUUGGCAGUCCCUGGUCAUUUCAGUAUUUUGGACAAUGAAAUAGCAGACUCCUGUGUAUAUCUGGUGGUUCAGAACCUUUGAGUUUUCCCCAUGCAACUAACAUUCAUAGAAUAUUACAGUACUGUACUUGCUUUUCAUGCUCUGUAAUAUAAGUUGGGAAUUGUAACAAUUCCUGUUUAAAGAUGUUACAGUUUUUUUUUUUUUUUUUUUUUUUUUCAACAAGUCGGCCGUCUCCCACCGAGGCAGGGUGACCCAAAAAAGAAAGAAAAUCCCCAAAAAGAAAAUACUUUCAUCAUCAUUCAACACUUUCACCACACUCGCACAUUAUCACUGUUUUUGCAGAGGUGCUCAGAAUACAACAGUCUAGAAGCAUAAACAUAUAAAGAUACCAACAUAUCCCUCCAAACUGCCAAUAUCCCAAACCCCUCCUUUAAAGUGCAGGCAUUGUACUUCCCAUUUCCAGGACUCAAGUCCGACUAUAUGAAAAUAACCGGUUUCCCUGAAUCCCUUCACUAAAUAUUACCCUGCUCACACUCCAACAGAUCGUCAGGUCCCAAGUACCAUUCGUCUCCAUUCACUCCUAUCUAACACGCUCACGCACGCUUGCUGAAGUCCAAGCCCCUUACCCACAAAACCUCCU